ACCCUACCUGAUGAGGAGAAAAGGGAAGAAGCAGCAAGCUCUCCACUCGGCGACGAACUGAAGAAGCGUUUGUUCUCCGGGAAGCCCAGCCAGUCGAGACCCCGGCCGCGACUCCAAGUCUCGUCGUCGACACCCAAAGAUCGACAUCGUCCACCCAAGCUUGGCUCAUUACACCAUCUAGAGUUCAGCUAAUAAAUUGUGUAUUUUUAGUAUUGUCCACAAUUUAUUAGCUUGGCUCAAUAGCAUCGUCCACGCAAGUUGAUAUCAUGCCUUCUUAAAUGGUAGACAUUCAGAAUAAUAGCAGUUAGUCUUGGUUCAAGUAAACAACUUCUAGUUAUUAUAGUCCAAACCUAGUCAAAUUACAAAAGUUUGGUAAUAGAUAGGUGUUUGAUUACUUUUCACCCUCGGCGAAAUUGAAGCGAACACUUAAGCUCAUAGUUCGCGUAUCCGAGAGCAAAAAAGGUAAUUCCAUAUAACAGGAAUGGUGUUCGGUCAGAUAGUGAUUGGGCCGCCGGGCUCCGGCAAAACCACUUAUUGCAAUGGCAUGUCUCAGUUUCUCCAACUCAUUGGCCGGAAAGUUGCUGUAAUUAACUUGGAUCCUGCAAAUGAUUCUUUGCCAUACGAGUGUGCUAUUAAUAUUGAGGAUCUCGUUAAACUGAGUGAUGUGAUGGUUGAGCAUUCUCUAGGUCCCAAUGGAGGUCUUGUAUAUUGCAUGGAUUAUCUUGAGAAGAACAUUGACUGGUUAGAAUCCAAGUUGAAACCUCUCCUUAAAGAUCACUACCUCCUCUUUGAUCUCCCGGGUCAGGUGGAGCUAUUUUUCCUUCAUUCAAAUGCCAAAGCCGUGAUCAUGAAACUCAUUAAGAAAUUGAAUCUCAUGUUGACUGCAGUGCAUUUAGUUGAUGCACAUCUAUGUAGUGAUCCUGGAAAGUAUGUGAGUGCAUUGCUUUUGUCAUUAUCAACCAUGCUACAUUUGGAAUUACCCCAUGUCAAUGUUCUGUCCAAGAUUGAUCUUAUUGAAAGUUACGGAAAGCUAGCUUUUAAUCUGGACUUCUAUACAGAUGUACAAGAUUUAUCUUACUUGCAGUAUCAUCUUGAUCAGGAUCCACGGUCUUCUAAGUACAGAAAGCUUACAAAGGAGCUCUGCGAGGUGGUAGAAAAUUUUGGACUUGUGAAUUUCACAACAUUGGAUAUUCAGGAUAAGGAGAGCGUUGGAAAUCUCGUCAAAUUGAUUGACAAGAGCAACGGGUACAUCUUUGCUGGCAUCGAUGCUAGUGCAGUCGAAUUCAGCAAAAUCGCAGUUGGUCCUGUUGACUGGGAUUACUAUCGAGUUGCUGCAGUGCAAGAGAAGUACAUGAAGGAUGAUGAAGAUGAUUUUGGCAAGGAUGGGUGAUGACACUAAAGCCUCUUCAGUUUCAAAACUGGGCAUGCAUGUUAGAAAACUAUACUUUAGUGGUACUACUUUUGUCAAAACGUAUCAUAGUCAUUGGUUGUACAUCAUUACUGAAAUUCAGUGACAUAUGGGCUUGCUUAAGUGACACAUAUGUUCAAACUCUUGAUUUCAUGCAUCCAUCUUAAGUGACACCUUGAAGUAACA